GUCGGAGCCCUUCAUUUCGAUGGCAGACACAGAGGCGAUCGAUCGUUCCUAUUCGUCCAUCUUCAAGAACGUGUGUCCCCGUGCAGGUACCGCGGUAUGCAAGGAGCGGGAGAACAGGGGUACAAGCCCACGUCCGGCCACUCCGCCGUCAGAGAUCGGUCGGUCGUAAAGCCGAGACCGCAGCGGGACGAGGCGCUCGCGGCCGACGGCGUGCAGCGAUUGCCACCACCUGGCACGGUCGCUGCGUCCAGGGGCUCCGAACGAGACAAGGACAAGCGAGUGGUCAAGAAGCAAGCCGCACCGCCAUCCAAGAAGCGCCCCGGAGAGAGCAUUAAGUCGUUGCUAAAGACAUGGCAGUACCACUGGCCGCGCAUCUUUCACAUCUGUCUGUCAAAGGCGUCGCGCCUAUGGCUUGGCUUGGUCGCCGCGCAAGUCCUCGUCGUGCUGUACAUUGUGCUGGGACUCAGGGCCGCCGUCAGAGCUCAGAAUCCUGUGGGGUCGCUGACCCAAGCGCCGGUCUCGGGGUAUACGGCCGACUGGCAAUCUCUGGAUUCACGCCCGCUGCCCGCCUGGUAUGACGACGCUAAGGUGGGCGUGUUCGUGCACUGGGGCGUCUACUCUGUGCCCGCCUUCUAUUCGGAGUGGUUCUGGUGGCACUGGCAAAUGAACCGCACCGACGCCGUCGUAGACUUCAUGACCCGGAACUACCGGCCCGACUUCACGUACCCGGAGUUCGCGCCCAACUUCAGGGCGGAGUUCUUCGACCCUUACUACUGGGCGCGUCUGUUUAAGAAGGCGGGCGCGCGCUACGUGGUGCUGACCAGCAAGCAUCACGAGGGCUACGCGCUGUGGCCCUCUAAUGUCUCGUGGAACUGGAACGCCAGAGAUGUGGGUCCCCGGCGAGACCUGGUGGGAGACCUGGCCCGAGCCGUACGCGAAGCGGGCGGCAUGCGCUUCGGCCUCUACUACUCUCUUUACGAGUGGUUCAAUCCGCUCUACCAGCGAGACAAAGCCGCCGGCUGGACGAGCGACGACUACGUCAGGGCCAAGGUCACGCCCGAACUCAGGGACAUCGUGGAGACGUACCGGCCUGACGUCAUCUGGUCGGACGGCGACUGGGAGGCUCCGGACACUUACUGGAACAGCACGCACUUCCUCGCCUGGCUGUACAACGACAGUCCCGUACGAAACAGCGUAGUCGUGAACGACCGCUGGGGCAUCAACACCAGCUGCCAACACGGCGACGUCUACGCCUGCCAGGACCACUACAACCCGGGAAAGCUCGUGCCCCACAAGUGGGAGAACGCCAUGCCGCUGUACAAGGGCGACGAGAACGCGGGUGGCCUGUGGGGCUACCGCCGGGACGUUCACGUGACACAGUACCUCACCAUCGAGGAGCUCAUCUACGAGCUUGUGUCCACGGUCAGCUGCAACGGCAACCUGCUCUUUAACAUUGGUCCCGCCAGCGACGGCACCAUCUCGGCCGCGUUCGAAGAGCGCCUCACGCAGCUCGGCGCCUGGCUCACCGUGAACGGAGAAGCGGUGUACGGUACGCGGCCGUGGAAGCACCAGAAGGACCCGCUGGCGUCCCACGUCUGGUACACGUCCAAGCCCGGAGGCGGCCAGCCACCCGCCGGGCCCACCGUCUACGCCUUCGUACUCAAGUGGCCCAGAGGCAGCAACCUCACGCUCGGCGGCCUGGAGCUGACGGACGGAGCUAACAUCACCAUGCUUGGAGUUCCCGACCUCCGGCUGUCCAGAGUCGUGCGGAAGAACACCGAGAGCAGAGGGGGAGCAACAGCGUUGGUGGUCACGUUGCCCCCUCUGACGCCGGACAUCCUACCCACGCCGUGGGCUUGGGUGCUCAAGGUAGAAGGAGCGGCAUGAACGGUUUCGUCGGCUUAUUCAGUCCCCGUUGUGUAUGCGUGCGUGCCCAGGCGUGUGUCAAUGCAUUACCGGUGCAUCAAUUCACGAAUGGCACUGAAACGGGGGCUGCGCGUGGGGACGUUUUAGCGAAUGCCUGCUCUGAAUGUCUGCGUGAAAAGAGUGGUUGAAUGACGUAGUCCUUGACGCUACGUAAAAUAAAUAUGACACGUCUACGACAAUACAUUGUGUAUUUAAGCUCACUGA